AUGCCAAAAUACCGGCCUGCCAUUCCCUCCAUGUCCCUGGGCAAACCCCGGCUCCAUCCCCUCCCAGACAAGCUCUCACAGGCGUCAAUCCACGGCUUCAAGGGCAUAGAACUCUUCUACGGCGACUUGGAAUCACUGGCCCAAGCCAACUUCAACAACAACCUCCACAAAGCAGCACAAUACACUCACGAAAAAUGCAAAGAGCUAAACCUUCACAUCAUCUGUCUCCAACCCUUCACCUUCUACGAAGGCCUCCUCGACCGCAACCAACACAAAUGCCUCAUAUCGGAAAAACUACCCCUCUGGUUUGAACUAGCCAAGAUCCUGGAUACGGAUUUGAUCCAGAUCCCUGCGAACUUCCUCGGUGCAGAUCAGGAAACAGGCACACACAGAACAACGGGGGACAGGGACGUCAUCAUCGCUGACCUCCAAGAACUAGCAGACAAGGGCCUCCAGGAGACGCCACGAGCUAUCCGGUUCGCCUACGAGGCUCUCGCGUGGUCCAACCACAUCGAUACAUGGGAGGAAGCGUGGAGUGUCGUUCGGGCGGUUGACAGGCCCAAUUUCGGGAUUUGUCUGGAUACAUUCAACAUUGCUGGACGGGUAUAUGCUGACCCCUCUGUGGCAUCGGGGAAGGCCAAGAACGGGGAGAUGGAGAUGAAGGAGUCCAUGGAACGGCUUCGGCGGAUGAUCGAUGUUAAGAAAGUCUUUUACGUACAGGUUGUUGAUGGGGAGAGACUUUCUGCGCCGCUGGACGAGCAGCAUCCGUUUCAUGUUCCUGGGCAGCCGGUGCGGAUGUCCUGGUCGCGGAAUGCGAGGUUGUUCGCGUUUGAGGAGGAGAGGGGUGGCUAUUUACCUGUUCUUGAUGUGGUGAGGGCCGUUUUUGAUGGGUUGGGCUUUGAAGGAUGGGUAUCGUUGGAGUUGUUUUCGAGGACUUUGGCGGAUCCAGAUCCGGACACGCCUGUUGUGCAUGCGCGGAGGGGGAUGGUGUCUUGGAGGAAGCUUAUGAAGGUGCUUGAGGGUUGA